AUGGAGAGCCACGAGAAUGACAGUCCCCCGACACACACUGAAGUGACCUUUGUUACGGAAUCACCAGCCGAAAUUAAGCUGAGACGCACUCGCAAUCUCACGAGUAGCACCGACGUCGCUGACGAGAUUGCCACAAAUAUGCGAAUCAACUUGGACAAGCGCCGCAAGGGGUUUCUAAGUCCUAGUCGACUGUCCGGGACAUUCCGACAGAACACGGAAAUGGCGCUACGUGCGUCGUUCGCAGUGAUACUCUCGUCAAUUAUUCAGACCCGUAACCAAGCCUACGAUCCAUCUCACGCCCACGACAAAAAGUGGAUGUUUUUUCCAGACUGGUACUAUCUUGGUGGCCUCAGUUACUGUGCGAUUAUGGUGGUUUUCUCGAUGGCUUACAAUGUUGGAGGCACGAUCCGUGAAGUUUGUCAAGGCUUCUCUGGUGUGGGUGUAGCGCUUUUGUAUAACUACAUUUUGUUCGCUUUCGUUGAAGUUGAAAGAUUCGACAGUAAAGCGGAUGACCCGUAUAUAAAUUACUACAAGAUCAAUAAGGCGUUCAACUCGAACGCGUACUGGAUCAAUGUGCCCAACAUGUACGCGACAUUGCCGUGGAUUUUCGUUUUUACCGUCGGUGUGAUGGUUUUGCCGUUCCACAUCAAUACGCGCAAGUAUGCGGUAGGCACAAACGCCUACUUUACUUUGACAAUUAUCAACCCCGCGAAUCCUUUACGUUCGGGACAACUCAAAAGUAUUGACGAAGAGCUGUUCGACACCAGCAAUAUUUUGCGAAAUUUGCGCAUCUUUGCAAUUGUAGGGCUCCUCGGGGCAUUGAUAUCAGUUGUUGCCAUGUGCUUUCCGUAUCCGAUAUUUGCCAUCUCUCGUCUGCGUGAAGACUCUCAAAAAGCUGCUGCUGAUCUGCUGGAGCUAUUGAACAUCGUUGUGGACUCGUACUGCUUCAAGAAUAAAAAUGUGGAAAAUAUGGAGUUCCUAAAGCUCCGAUUAAGACGAAAGUUCGAUGACGCUGAAGCACGUUAUCGUCGGAUGGAAUCGCUUCUGGAGGAUGCGUGGUGGGAGCAGUGCUUCGGUCUUCAUUACCCUCUUCGUUUCAACCGGGUUAUGAGUCGAACCUACAUCAAGCUCGUGGGUUCACUUAUCGCCGAUUUACGAACGCUCAGCUAUGCUAUGAGGCUGGAAAAGUACGGACGUUUGCAUACAACCUACAUGGCGAUUCUCAAGCGAGAGAUUUAUAUUAUCCAGACACGCUCAAACGACUUACUCAACGAAAUUUCACACGAAGUCCACGAUCUCUCUCCUCACCUGGAUCUGAAGUCGUUGGGUGCACUAGAGAAUCAGGUGGAGAUGGCACUGUACCAAUUUCGUAAAAUUCAGAACCGGACGUUCGCUAAGGAAGUGGUGACACCAGAAGAGGUGGCAGAAAAUGUGCCACUCAAUCUGUUCCUAUUCUCGCUCAAUUCAUUCUGCAGCACUCUACUCAAUUUCCAGCAAUCGUACAACAGUAGAAAAUAUGACGACGCGCAUCGAGUACGCUCCUUCGUGAGGAAAUCACUAAGAAAGAUUGUCGAUCCGGGUUACUACAGAAACCCGACGACGUGGAUCAAUGCUUUCAAGAUCACAUUAGCAGUUAUGGCGGGGGUGGGAUUUAGUGUUGGUGUCUAUGGAUUCAGCUCAACGGUGCCGUCCACAAUCGCAUAUAUAAUGUGUGAAACCCUUGGAAGCUCCUUCCGAAAGACGGUAAAUCGCGUGGGUGGUGUGGUGGCUGGGAGUAUCGUUCCCUCAGUCUUCAAGUUCUUUUUCGUGCAAAUCUGCGAGCCUCAAGUAUUGAGUAUAGUACUGACCAACAUUGUGAUGUUCAUCUGGGUUGGGAUGUGUAUGUACGUCUACUUUGGCCAAGGUUAUGCUGCCUACAGCGGCAUGGUGGCUGCAUUUGUUGCGUCUGACACACUCAUGCGGCAAACGGAUAUAUGCUACCCUAACGGAUCAGAUAGUUCGAGUUCCAUUGCUGUCGCGUCUUACUCCAGCCUCGCACAGACGUCAGUGGCUGUUGUUAUAUUCAUCUCAGUGGAGACUUUUAUCUUUCCGAAAAGUGCGAUAUCAAUGCUACGUCACAGUAUUGUAGACUCACUAAAGCUGCAUCAAAAAGCGUUCGAUGAACUAUUCGGACAUCAUCUUUCGAGCUCCGUUGUGAUGGACGAAUCUAGUAUGGCUGACGUACGACGUAUGUUGGCCGUGGAUAUACCAAACAGUCUCGAGAAACAACGGCAAUUACUAGUUGAAGCAAUGGUUGAGCCUUUACUAUGGCGUCCGAACUUCUCUCAUGACAAGUACAGACGAUUGCUGGAGAUCUCACAAGGAUUGUUGAACAACAAUUAUCUCCUCUUUAAACUACUGCGCUGGUUCCAUUUCCGGGUAUCGCAGAAUCGAGUGAACCUUAGUUCUUCAGAUAUACGCGAUGUCGUCGUAAGAACGGAUGUGGACGGCGAUGUUGACUGUCACGCCAAGUGGAAAGUCUCAACGGCUCAUUUCCAGUCCUUAGUUCGCGAUAUUUUUGAUACUAUGAAGUUAGUUUUCUGUGAUACAUUCUGCUAUGCAGAUCCCGAUCAAACCGCCGUCUUCAUGCAAAUGAAGGAAGCGUUUCGUCUUGCGGAUAAAGACUGCAGUGGAGAGCUGAACGCGAAUGACGUCACGGUUAUGCUUGGAAACAUUUUUGCUCAGUCUGGAGAUGUGAAGAAGGAACAGAUCAAGAAAUACGUGCAGGAGUUCAUGGAUGUAGUUGGGAAACCUGGUCGAACGACCGUGUCUUUCGAGGACUUCAUGGAUGCUCUUGAGCAUGGACUCAAGCUCGAAAUUGAAGUGUAUCAUCGAGUAAAACCUAGACCCCCAGCGCUUCUAUCGAGUGCGCUACAGAGGGCUAUCAAGAAUGAAGGGUUUCAGGAGAAAUACGUGGACGAUAAUAAUAUAUUUGAGAAGAGCGACACGUCUAAGUUGGCAGGUACCGUGGGUCCUGUUACGGUCUCUGAAUUAUCGCAAACGCGGGGAACUAGUAGCGAUUCAUUGGAAAAUGCAUCAGUGUUCAUCCGGCGAGAGUAUGAUGUCCUGAAUGUGGAGGAUUUCACAACUUCUGAAGUGGUUGCUCACAUGAAAGCUGCUUAUGCGGAGUGGCUUCUCACAGACAACCGAUACGAACGCACUUCCAUGGAAGAGCAGUUGCUACUAAACUGUCUGGUAAGCGGGGCUGAAAGCAUUGCAAAGAGCUUAUCUGAAUUAGAAGAGAUUGCAAUGUCAUCUUAACAAAAAAAAUCAUUGGAAUUAUUACUGAGCUCACA